UGAGGCUACACGGAGGAGGAGUGUCUUGCCUUGGAGCGAGCAAACCCACCAGCAGCCUUCCGUCUUCCGUGCUGGACUCGCGACUGCCCUGUUGGCGGCGGCUGCGGCUCCCGAACAAACAAUGUCUUCGCCGCCCAAAGUCAAAGCAGAAACCCGCGCUGGACACCCUCCCGCUGUCAAAGCUGGUGGAAUGAGAAUUGUGCAAAAGCAUCCACAUACUCCAGAUGCCAAAGAAGACAAAGAUAAAGAUGAUCAGGAAUGGGAAAGUGGCACCAGUCCACCUAAACCAACUGUGUUUAUUUCUGGUGUCAUUGCACGGGGUGAUAAAGACUUCCCUCCAGCUGCAGCACAGGUGGCCCAUCAGAAACCACAUCCCUCUGUGGAAAAACUUCCUCCCCCACAACAUGUCAACCAAUAUAUCCACCAGCCGCGCAAAUGAAUUGCCUGUCCCAGACCAGCCGCAGUGUUUUGCAAAUGGAAAGAUUAAGAGAUUCCUACUACCAGAUCUUGUAAAAAUGGAUAUCUCCUGCUUUUGCCUUAAUUGCCUAUAGUUUAAAUGGUUUAAUAAAAGGGGAGGGGAGAGCAGAAAGGAGGGAAAAAUCACUUUGAUUGUCCCAGCUGAAAAGCAGAGUCUUGUGUACUGCCUGUGAAAAGUGUUAUGUUCAUAGCAGAGCAACACACUGCGGAUAGUUUAGGUUAGUAAUUUCUUAGAAUAAUUAUUUUAAACUUUUUCUAUUCUUGGAUAUUGGCAUUUCAGGAACAUGUAAGAUAAGGAAGUCAUAAUGGCUUAUAUCUUUUUCCUGCUGUUUUCUAAUGAAAUUUUUUAAAAAUAUAUGUCACUCAGAUUUCAUUUUGAUUUUUCUUGUUCUGUUCUUAAAUGUGUUUGAGGAAGAACCAGCUGCUUAAUUUUUUAGUGAAUAAUCUGAAAAGAAAAGAAAUUUCUCUUACAAUAUACGCUCCUUUAGGAAAAUCAUCCCACAGCUCUGGCAACAUAGCCAAACAUGCUGGUUGGCCUAUAGGUUAGCCUGGUUCUCUGCAUUUCUUUCCAACUUAAUAGAAGAAUGAGCAAAACAGUAAUUAAAGUUUGUGUAGAUCUGCUUGUUGCUUAAUUUUUAGAUACUCUGAAGGAUUGGCACUUUUUCACCUUUUCAAAACAGUUUUUAUAUAUGCAGGAAUCAGUUGUACAGUCUUUCCUACAAAUAAAAACUUUAGAUUGCAGUACAUGGAAACUUGGCUAAAAUGAUUUUUUAUCUGGGAAUCUGAAGGUACAAGUAGUUCUUGAAUGAACCAUGAAUAAGGAUUCAGAUUUAAAAUGCCCUGUGUGUAAUCAAAAAUGCUAUAGACCAUA